CCUGGCCAGGCGGGGGCGGCGGCGGCGGCGGCGGCGGGGGCGGCGGGCCCAAGCUGCGUAGCUGGUCCCUGGAAAUGGGAUGCCCAUCCCACGCGGGGAGCAUAAAAGGCGGCCCUCUUCCUCCUCCUCCUCCCUUUUGCUGCGGCUGCCCUCAGUGAAGCCAGGAGGCGGGGAACCAUGUCUGCCCUUACAUCAGCCAUCCAGGCCCCCCAGGGGCCGGUCAACCCUCCUCCCCCAGAGGUCACCAACCCUACCAAGCCUGGCAGGAAGACGAACCAACUGCAGUACAUGCAGAAUGUGGUGGUGAAGACCCUGUGGAAGCACCAGUUUGCCUGGCCCUUCUAUCAGCCAGUUGAUGCCAUUAAAUUAAACUUACCGGAUUACCACAAAAUCAUCAAGAACCCGAUGGACAUGGGCACCAUCAAGAAGCGCCUGGAGCACAACUACUACUGGAGCGCCAGUGAAUGCAUGCAGGAUUUCAACACCAUGUUUACCAAUUGUUACAUUUACAACAAGCCAACGGAUGAUAUUGUCCUCAUGGCACAAGCCUUGGAAAAGAUCUUCCUGCAGAAAGUGGCCCAGAUGCCUCAGGAGGAAGUGGAGCUGCUGCCCCCCGUGCCUAAAGGCAAAGCUCGGAAGAUGGCAGCUGGGACCCCCAACUCAGGGACCCAGCACCCAGCAGCCACAGCCGUCUCCUCCGCAUCGCCUCCGGCGCCCUUCCAGAACGUCCCUCCGUCGGUAUCUCAGACGCCUGUAAUUGCCGUCACGCCUGUGCCAACCAUCACUGCAAACGUCACCCCCAUCACUGCCCCCCCUGUGACGCCCGUGCUGCCUCCCCCGCCUCCUGCCGCCCCAAUCAUGGCAGUCGUUCCCCCAACACCGCCCAUCGUCAAGAAAAAGGGGGUGAAGCGGAAAGCGGAUACCACCACGCCCACCACGUCGGCCAUCACCGCCAGCCGGAGCGAAUCCCCCCCGCAGUUGUUGGACUCAAAGCAGGCCAAAGUGGUGGCUCGGCGGGAGAGUGGUGGCCGGCCCAUCAAACCGCCAAAGAAGGACCUGGAAGAUGGGGAGGUGCCCCAGCACGCGGGCAAGAAGGGCAAGCUCUCGGAGCACCUCAAGUACUGCGACAGCAUCCUGAAGGAGAUGCUGUCCAAGAAGCACGCAGCCUACGCCUGGCCCUUCUACAAGCCAGUGGAUGCCGAAGCCCUGGAGCUGCACGACUACCACGACAUCAUCAAGCACCCCAUGGACCUCAGCACCGUCAAAAAAAAAAUGGACAGCCGGGAGUAUCAGGACGCCCAGGGCUUCGCAGCGGACAUCCGGCUAAUGUUCUCCAAUUGUUACAAGUACAACCCCCCUGACCACGAGGUGGUGGCCAUGGCUAGGAAGCUGCAGGACGUCUUUGAGAUGCGAUUUGCCAAGAUGCCGGACGAGCCCGCCGACCCCCCACCUCCCCCUCUGCCCACCGCCCCCGUGGUCAGCAAAAGCACGGAGAGCAGCCACAGCAGCGAGGGGAGCUCCUCGGACUCGGAUAGCUCGGACUCGGAAGAGGAGCGGGCCACGCGGCUGGCAGAGCUGCAGGAGCAGGACUGUUCCCGAUCAUUGAGGCAGUGCUACAAGGUCAUUGACUCCCGAGACUGGAAUGGAUGGAAUCUAAAGGCCGUCCACGAGCAGCUGGCUGCCCUCUCACAAGCACCGGUGAACAAGCCAAAGAAGAAGAAGGAGAAGAAAGAAAAAGAGAAGAAAAAGAAGGAGAAAGAGAAGGAGAAAGAGAAGCACAAGGCAAAAGCCGAGGAGGAGAAGAAAGCCAAGGUGGUCCCGCCAACAAAAGCCCCCCAGCAGAAGAAAGCCCCUGCCAAGAAGGCCAACAGCACGGUUCCCGUUAACAGGCAGCCGAAGAAGGCCGGGAAGCAGGCCUCGGCGACCUACGACUCAGAGGAGGAGGAAGAGGGCCUCCCCAUGACCUACGAUGAGAAGCGCCAGCUCAGCCUGGACAUCAACCGACUGCCAGGGGAGAAGCUGGGCCGGGUGGUGCACAUCAUCCAGUCGCGAGAGCCCUCCCUCAGGGACUCCAAUCCCGACGAGAUCGAGAUCGAUUUUGAAACCUUGAAGCCCACCACGUUGCGAGAACUUGAGAGAUACGUCAAGUCUUGCUUGCAGAAAAAGCAGCGGAAGCCAUUUUCCGCAAGUGGGAAGAAGCAGGCAGCCAAGUCCAAGGAGGAGAUGGCUCAGGAAAAGAAGAAAGAGCUGGAGAAGCGCCUGCAGGACGUGAGUGGGCAGCUGAGCAACAACAAGAAGCCGGCCAGGAAAGAAAAAUCAGGCUCCUCAGCACCGUCCGGCGGUCCGUCUCACCUGAGCAGCAGCAGCAGCUCCGAGUCGGGGAGCACCAGCUCCAGUGGCUCCAGUUCCGACAGCAGCGACUCAGAAUGACCAGGGGGGACUCUUGGCCUGCCCGGACUGGAAUCUCUGUCCCCUCGCUUUAUUUUUCUAACGGUUCCUCUCUUCCAUCAUGACCAAGUUUCCACUCUUUUGCAGCCGUUUUGAAGGACUCAGUGUUACAGAAACGAUCCCUUCUCAGAAGAGUUUCCUUCUGCUUUUAUUAGGUCAAACGCCUGACUAGACUUGGUGGCAAAAUUAUUUGCAUCACUUGAAGUCUCUAACCCUUUUUUUAACCCAAGAUGCUGAAAUACUGAAGGAGAACUCAACAGAGACUCUACUGCCCCCUCCCGCUGUGGCUGAAGCCCAGAUGGAGAGUGACUCUGCCCUUCCUGAGGGGCUCCUUUGGCCAGGCCAGGGGGCCUCUCCUCUCUGAAGGCGACCGGGGAGGGAGUGGGGGCAACCUUGGUGAAUGGUACUGCAAUGGGAGGAGGCCAGAGCUCCAAGGCUGGCCGGCCGGCGUGAAUCUUCUAAUCAUCUGCUGGUCUGCCGACCACCCCCCCCAAGCCUGGCAGCAGCCCCCCCUUCUCCAUUGAGAUGAAGAUCCUAAUCUUUUUUUAUAGAUAAGAGGGAAAAAGCUCAUGUACUGUGGAUUGUUUUUUAAAGCGUACCUUUUUAGAUAUUUCUUUUACCUUUUUUUAAUCAAUAUAUAGAUUCAUGCUCUGGUUGCAAAAACUUCUUCAGAGGUGGCUGCCCUGUUGAGGGUGCUGGGUGCGACCUGGGCCCAGCAAGGGGUUGCCCAGCCACCCUUGGCAAGGCCUCGUGCAGGAUGGCAUCGCCCAUCACCCCUUGGGGGGUAGGAAGGCCUGGCUCCUUGGCCUUUGGGCAGAGGGAGCCUGUUAAGCAUUGCUCGGGGUCUCCCAGCAGCCAGUGGGACCUGGGCUUCCAUUCUGAUCCUGGCAUUGGGCAGCUUCUGUGAGAGCGAAGGGGCUGCCAGAUCCAUGGCAAGGCGACCCCAGACAGCAGGCAGCCCUGAGGCGGUGCCCCGGCUGAACUACAGUCCAGGCUUCCCCCUUGCCAGGAGAACAUGUGUGUCGUGUGAGUGCAGGUUUCCAAAUAAUCAAAACUUUUACCUCAAGGUAUGGUGGGAGAAUAUGCUUUGGGGAAGGGGAGGGUGGGCAAGCGAUUUUUUUGUAAGGUUCAUCCAUUUUUUAGAAGCUUUUUUUUUUUUCUCCAGCCUGCCCUGGAGACCUGCACUUUGCCCACGACGCACCCGGAAUUGAGUUAUCCUUUUUUCAUGUACAUAGAAAUACUUUAUUUAUUAACUCCAGUGGUCACUUAAAAAAUGUAUCCUGCGUUUUGAAGAGCAGCAGACAAAAUGUAGGUUUGUGUUGUUUUUAAAACUAAGCUCUGAAAAAGAAAUUUGGGAAUCCUUUUAAUUUAAAUGUAUUUUGACUUUUUAACCAACAGGUGCUAUGGACCUUUGAUAGUUUCCUGUUCUGGUGCUUAUUCCUUGUACGUGGAUUCAGUUUGGGGGAAUGGGAUUGUUUGGGAUUCUUUGGGUUUCUUUUUGUAUAGACUUUGGACUUACAGGUAUUGGUAACUUCCAGAUAAAGCAUGUUUUAUUUGUAUAUUCCUAGUCUUCUCCCAUGUCCGUCUUUUUCUCUGUAUCUUGUUUUAAAGUAGAACAGUUUGGAAAAAAAUAAAGCAACAAAGACCCA